GCGUCUAAUCGCGACUUUUGGUUUUUGAGUUACUUCCCACCUUAUGGACACGGGACUAAACACAUCAUCUUCUUGAUUUUUGUACUCAACUCUGAACUCGGCGCAUUCCACAAUCAUGACAAAGAUUAAAACAAUCAUCAAGAAGUUGGAAGUCCCAGAAGAGGGCACCGUCUCCGACAGGUGGAUUAAUAACGAUAUCAAACCUAUCGAGGAGGGAAGACGGACAUGGACAUUCUGGACAUUCCAUAAUCUAUGGGUCUUGACCAAUACAAACAUCUCGUCAUACAUGACUGGAAGCUCCUUGAUAGCUUUGGGUUUGACAUGGUGGCAAGCAAUCAUUGCAAUCAUCGUCGGCGCAAUUCUCUCCACCGUCUUCAUCGUCCUGAACUCGAUGCCAGGAGCAUUCUACCAUUUGGGAUUUCCUAUUGCCAAUCGCUAUGUCUGGGGAAUGUACGGGUCAAGUUUCGUCAUUUACAACCGCAUCCUCCUUUCUCUGGUUUGGUACGCCGUGCAAUCCUGGAUCGGCGGACAAUGCGUCUACGUUUGUCUCGAAGCCAUCUGGCCUAACCUCGAAGAUCGCAUCCCCAACCACAUCCACGCCACGGGAUUGACGUCGGCCACGUUCCUGAGCUACGUCAUUUUCUGUUUGAUCUCCUUGCCCUUGAUCUGGAUCCGGCCGCAUAAAUUGAAAGUCUUCCUGUACGUCGGCGUGGCAUCGAUCCUCGUCUUCGAGGUCGUCUUGCUCAUCUGGGCCCUUGCGACCAUGGACGGGUUCGGCAGUACGAUAUCCUCCAAACCCGCGAUCCAAGACACAUCGGUGGGCUGGAUGGUCCUGUACGGCAUCAUCAGCGCCAUCGGAGGUAUCGCCGCGGGCAUCUUGAAUCAAUCCGACUAUGCGAGGUUCGCGAAACGACCCCGAGACGCCAUCUGGGGUCAAAUCGCCAGCGCCGCCACCUACUCCAUCAUCAGUUCCGUCAUUGGCAUCCUCGUCACCGCGGCGACACAGCAACGUUACGGUGAGGCCCUGUGGUCGUUGCCGGACCUCUUGGUCGCCAUGAUGAGAGCCGGACACAGCCGCAGUCGUGCGGCAGGUUUCUUCGCCGGCGCCGCUCUGGUCAUUUCUCAAUGGGGUAUCAACAUUCCCGGCAAUGCCCUCAGUGGUGGAUUCGAUCUGGCUGCGACCUUCCCAACAUUCAUCAAUAUUCGACGGGGUGCUUACAUUACCGCAUUAUUGAGCAUGGUGGUGAACCCUUGGCAAUUACUGGCGAGUGCUUCCACCUUUUUGGCCGUAUUGAGUAGUUAUGGUGUCUUUCUUGGACCCAUGAUUGGUCUCAUGAUUUCAAGUUAUUACAUCGUAAACAAACGCAAAAUCAAAGUGGACGAUUUGUUCCGUGGAAACAGAGAGAGUGUGUAUUGGUAUACUUGGGGUAUCAACUGGCGUGCACCAAUUGCUUGGGCACUAGGAGUCUUCCCCAGCAUGCCAGGAUUCAUAAGCAACGUCAACAGUUCCAUCACCGUUUCCAUCGGAUGGACAAGACUAUAUUACAUUUCGUUCCUGGUCGGGUUCUCAAUCUCGGCCGUCACGUUCGUGGCUCUCCAUCAUUUCUUCCCCGCUCAAGCAGUCAGGGAAUUUGUGGCCAGACCUGAGACUGCGAAAGAAACCAUGUUGGAUGCCCAAACGAGAUGGGACAAUGAAGGUUUUGUCCCGACCCAAAGUGUGUUGCCAAAGGAUGUACAGGACAUUGAAACAUUGCCGAAAGAUAUUUGAUUGAUGGGGUAGAUCGAGAGUCGGGAUGAUGGUGG